UUGCUCCCUCGCACUAGUGCCCACGAGCCUCGCCCACCCAGCACCAGCACCUUAGGACCGCCGUAGCUAGAUAGCCAUGGAGGUGGACCAGAAGAAUGUUGUCAGGGGCGACAGAGAUGGGGAUGCGGAGGACUUGCGGCGGGUGCGAGUUUCCUUGAGCCGGAGGGGUUGCAAGUGGGCCGACGACGUAGUGUUGAAGGACAGGGACCAGGCUUCCGGUUUAGGCAGCGAUGCAGGGCUCGGGGUUUAUUUCAAGGCUAGUUGGACCGUGCGCGAGCUGGCCACCAAGGCCGAGGAGCUGCUGCUAGAGAAGCAGGGCCUCGCCCUGGCGACCGCCCUGGUGCUCUGCCCAUCGCGAGACUCCGCCAUACCAUUCUACGACGUGGCCUCCCACUACGUGGGAGAAGGGGACACGUUAGUGCUGGUCGGUGACGUAGAGCGCGCGGUCGCUCGUCGCUCCGCUCCGCCUGGCGGACAGCCGGCGGCGGCGGCGGCGGCGGCGGCGGCGGCGGUUUCAUCAGCGACGUCUUCCCACAAGGUGCCAGUUACGAUCCUCACCGGCUUCUUGGGGUCUGGCAAGACUACCAUGCUCAACCACCUCCUGCACGUGCAGCGCGAGAAGCGGAUAGCUGUCAUCGAGAACGAGUUCGGCGAGGUGCCGAUCGACGGAGAUCUAUUGGCUGACGGGGAUGGGCUUUCGGCUGCUGAGCAGGUUGUGGUUUUGGACAACGGGUGCAUGUGCUGCACGGUCAGGGGAGACCUCCUCGGAGCAUUCUCGUCGGUGUUGGCCAAGAUGGAGGAGGCCAAGGCCGGGGCGGAAGGCGGCGGCGGCGGCAGCGGGAGGGCGCUAGAUUCGGUGCUGGUAGAGACCACGGGAAUGGCCGACCCCGUCCCCAUUGUCCGCACCCUGCUGCAGACGCCGGCUAUAUCAAACUCCUUCGCUCUGGAAGGGGUAGUAACGUUAGUCGAUGCCAAGAACAUCCUUCCUCGGCUCCAAGAGGGGGAGGGGGAGGAAGGGGGGGGGAAGGGGGAGGAGGAGAUUGACGAGGCCUUCCAGCAGAUCAUGUUCUCGGACAGGAUUGUGGUGAACAAGGUCGAUCUGGUGCCGGCGUCGACGGCUGUGGAAGUAUUUCAGCGCAUCCGGUCCAUGAACGGCACAGCCGGUGUGGUGUCAUGCAGUAGGGGGAAGCUCGAUCCGAGAGAGCUCGAGGGGCUGGGAGCGUUUGACAGGCUCAUGAGGCGCGCGGAAGAAGAGCCAGAGAUGGACCCAGAGCCGCAUUCCCACGACCAUGCCCACUCGCACUCCCACGCACAUGAGCACGAACACAACCACGGUGACUCCGCUUGCGGUGGCGAGGAGGGUGGGUGCUCCCUACAAGGGCCUCAACCAUGCGCUGUUGAUCACGAUCACGGCGGCCACGCGGAUGGUACGUUGGACGGAGAGGGGUGCAACCUGGAGCACGAUCACACAGGCCACAGCCAUGACACCCGCCACAGCAGCCAGGUGGGCACGUUUUCCUUGGUGAAGAAGUCGACGGAGGUCUUGGCCCUCCCCUUCGCGCGCUGGGUGCGCUCGCUGGCGUUCCUCCCUCGCGAGAAGGGCCUUCUUUUUCGCUCGAAGGCGGUUCUUGCGGUGGCCGGGUCCAACAGGAAGCUCGUGUUUCACGCCGUGUCGGACGUCAUGGAGACGAGGGAGGCGGGGAGGUGGGGCGAUGGCGAGGAUCGGGGGUGCCGCAUCGUGUUCAUCGGGAAGAGGCUAGACAGGGCCUUCCUAGAGGAGGGCUUCAAUUCGACUGCACGGGCGGUCGCUCCUAAACGCGGCACCAUGAGGUUGCCGUCUUCUCCAGCCGCUGUAGCAGCGACACUCAGAGGAGGGGGCGGAGCCCCCCCCCCUCCCUCUGAUGAUUCCGCGACAUCCGUUGCUACGGGGGAGAGCAUACUCGAGGGUCUAGCGGCCAGAGUCACCGUAGGCUUCUUCUCGGCGAUGCUGUGGUUGGGGACGGGCGAGGUUUUGAGGGUGGGGGAGGCGUGUUCCGGUCUCCUCGCUGCGGUGGAGGGGGGGCACGCUGCUGAGCACUACCGGUCGCUGCUGGCGGAAGAGGAGAAGGAGGGCUCGUCGGCACAGCCGGGUUUCCACCUGUCGUUGCGGCGUUCCUCACCCAAGUUCUACCUACUCCCCCUAGUCUCCGCCGCGACCGCAAGAAGUUAUGCCAAGGCUGCUGCAGCGGCCAAGCUCGAGAUGACCCCGUCCAUGGGCCAGGGCAGGACCGGGAUCUCGUUCAAGAACGCACAGGAGGUGGAAGCAGCCGGCAUCACUUGGCUCGAGGUGGAGCAGUUGGCGGACCCGCUGGCGAAGAAUUUUGUGGUGGAGUUUUCCUGGCGGCCGGAGACGAUGAGGACCUUCUUCGAAUCUGGGAACUCGUCCACCAGCUCGGCGAUGGUCAAGAUCGAGUACGAGGCAAACGAAGAUGCCUUCGAUGACGAGGUAGACACCCUCAAGUUCAGACUGGUGCUGCGGCCCGAGACCGUCGAGAACAACGAGGCGUCUGUCGACGCCGCGUCCCCUGUCCCCCGGACGGCGGCGGCGGAAAUUCCCGCCGCAUCUUCAGGCUCUGCCUCGGCCCUGCCGCUGCACCGACUCAUGAUUCAAACCGUCGGGGGGCGAUCUUGCAGUCAGGUGUACGGCCUUAGCUUCCACUCCAUCAGCCCUUCUUUCCAGGUCCAUGUGCAGGUUCCCGACCAUCGAGUACCCUACUUCCAGACGGACCAGCUGUUCCAUAAAUGGCACCCUCUCAUGGAGAGCCUGCGAGCGGAGCCCCGGCUUCGGUUCCUGGUGAGGAUGAAGCCCGACGGCAGCGGACCCCUGGACAACAUGUGCGGCUGCUGCUGAUGGCGGCACGACACAAUAACAGAAUUGCCCGGGGGUUUACGACGCUCUGAUGCCAGAAGAAGCGGCGACUACCAUAUAGUUCUCAGGACAAGCGGCGAUUAUUUAUCGGCGUCAUUGUCCGCUCACGAGCUCAAAAGGAAAAACAAAAUCCACAAUAUCUUGUCGUGUUGUUUGUUGUUGGUGUGCGUGUCUAUGGCGGCUUGGACGAGGUUACAAGCGCGACGACGCUAUGUAGCACUACGGGAAAACCUCCUCGUAAAGCACGCGACUCAUUUCUUGGUGGUACGGUAUCCCAACAUGAAAUCAAUAGAUAUGGUUUUUGUGUUGGAAUCUUCCCUUGUACAUGCCGCUUAGUAGAAGCUAUCACAAGAAAUAUCACGUGUUUUUUUCCGUUGGGUAUCACAAAAAAAAAUGGUACCGCUUUUUUCUGUGUUGAGAUGAAGUUUUUUUUCUGUGUGGGAAUCGCGAAAGAAGUGUCACAUAUUUAUCACAUUUGUGUUUCCCGAUGGAUGUCACAAGAAGUAUUCACAUUUUUGUUUCCAGAUGGAGAUGUUUUCAGAUGAUGUCACAAGAGAAACAUGAAAUUUGUGUCUUCGGAUGGGUGUCUUUGGCCGUAGGCCGCAGUAGUGGUGCUUUCCGCAGAGAGAGGGAGCAGAGCGAGCGGCUGUCUCGUUCGCCUUCUUUCGAAACAGCGGGUUUCAGUGGCACCGAGCCACCAGCACGGUUGCUGCCACUGUUAGUUGUUUGCGGGUGCCUCGGUCGAAGUCAUGGUUUUUGGCUUUGAAGGCAAGGCAAUGCUUGGGACCCGUGGCCUCCGCGGUCUGCUUUUUGAUUCACUGGAAUAUAUGGCGUGUGCUGGUUUCGCACCAUUUGAUUCUCACACAGCAGCAGUCGAACACGCCAAAAUGGAGCAUGGCGCCCGAAGCGCACAACAACAACAAAGUUGCCAGAAGGACCUUCUCUCUUGUGACCGAAACAAAAUUUGGUUCUUGUAGCGUUUCAAGCGUGUGGACUACUUCGUAGGUCGACCUUUGUGCUGCAAUGGCUACUGCUGUAGUGUCCCUGUCAGCAACUCUGUCUCAGCGUGGAGUUACACACUUCGAGAGCCUCUUGUGUUUGAGAGCACUGAUGCGGUCUUGUUCCCGGCCUCGAACAUUGCUGCUGUGAACUUCAAGCAACCUCGGCAUGCGGCAGCGGUCGCGCCUUGGCUUUACAGCGGAGUUGAUAUUGUACGCGUUCUAGAGAAAACCUUUUUCUGCUGUGUUCCAGUUGGUUUGAUUCUGUUUUGGGGGGGGUCAUUGACGGCACAACAACGAUUGUGGGGUGAUACGUCAAUUUGCCGCCAUGGAGGUGCUAUGAACGAAUGCGUUGUUUCGGCCCAGAGCUUCCAGCAGCGUAAGAGGU